CCAUUGAUGAGGUUUUUUCUGGUUUAUGAGCAAAAGUUCAAAGUAUUAUUACUAUUAUGAAGGGUUAUUGGCAAAUCACAUAAUUUUCCAAUUCAUUGAACAAAAGGAAAGAUCAAAUCAAAUAAUUUGUCUGACUAUAUAUAUAUAUAUAUAUUGUUUAUGCAUGAUUAGAGGCGAAUCAUUUUGAUUAAUUCACACUUGAUUCGGCGAUCAAAUCGAGUCAAUUCUCCGACUUUUCAAAGAUCUCAACUUGGUGCCUUCUCUUCCCAGAGAGGCUCAACUCAAGCUUCCAUCAAUGGCUGAUCCUCACCUUCUUCCCGACCCACCAUUACAAACCCAAACCCCUCUGCUCAACAACGCCUCAGAGCCGAAGAUUGAAGAAAAUCCAGACCCAGAUUUCGACAUCCAUCUCAACAAAAUCCUCCAAAUGCUCGAAUCCUACCUCAAUUUUAUGGGUUUCGGCCAAUCCUCCGCCCUCAGCCUGGCCUUGUCCUGGUUCACCUUCUUCCUGAUCGGCGUCGCUCUUCCCGUCGCCGUCGUUGAGUUCUCCGGCUGCUCCGGCUGCGACAAGUACCAGGUCAAGGAUUUUGAGCUCGACAUCGUUGUUUCGCAGGCGUGCUUGGCUGCCGCGUCUCUGCUUUGCCUUUCUCACUAUCUCCGUAAAUAUGGCCUUCGGAAGUUUCUCUUCGUCGAUCGGUACGGCGGCCAAAUGGCUCGGUUUCGGGAACAGUACAUUCAGAAGAUCUCGGAGUGUUUCCGCUUGCUCAUACUGUGGAUACUGCCAUGUUUCAUUCUGAAGACUGCACGUGAAGUUGCCCACAUUUUGUAUGUGCCUCGUGAGUCAUGGUGGCUGUCAGUUGCUACUUUAUUAGCUUUGAUCCUAUCAUGGACUUACGUGACUACAAUCUAUCUGUCAGCUUGCAUUUUGUUCCAUUUGGUUUGCAAUUUGCAAAUCAUCCACUUUGAUGAUUAUGGGAAGUCCUUUGAAAGAGAAUAUGAUGUUAUUGUAUUUAUAGAGGAGCACAUCCGUCUGCGGUUUCAUCUCUCAAAAAUAAGCCAUAGAUUCCGAAUAUAUCUUGUUCUAGUAUUCCUGGUCGUCACUGCAAGCCAGUUUGUGACCCUACUCCAAACGACAGGAUAUAGCGGACAAAUUACUUUGUUAAACAGUAGUGAUUUUGGGAUAUCAUCAAUUGUUCAGGUUGUGGGGAUAAUUCUUUGUUUAAAUGCUGCUGCCAAAAUUUCCCAUAGGGCCCAGGGAAUUGCAUCACUAGCGAGUAGAUGGCAUGCUGUGGCAACAUGCAGUUCUGCUGAUGCAUCCCAAUUGAGACUUCCAAAUAUUGAGGGAAGCUUCAGAGCUGCUAGUACAUUGGAUGCACUGUAUAUGAAUAGUUCAGGAAGUGAUUUGGAAACACUGGAUCACAUCAUGUUGCCUACAAAUACACAAUUGGCUUCUUAUAUGACCUCAUACCACAAGCGACAAGCCUUAGUGAUGUACCUGCAGACCAAUCCUGGCGGUAUCACAAUAUUUGGAUGGACAGUUGACCGAGGUCUUAUCAGUACAAUCUUCUUCAUUGAGCUCUCAUUAGUACUCUUUCUACUUGGGAAGACCAUAGUCAUUGCUUCGGAGUGAUAUACCAUACUCUCAUCUCUGCUGCAGCGCAUUUGUAUCAGAUCAGGUCACAAGGCGAUCUUAUAGCUUCUUCCAUGUAAUUGUUCGUGAUUUGGGUGAACACUUAGCAAGAUCAUUGCUAGGCAAGAGGCAAUUAGGCAAAUCCCUGCAUUACCAAAUUACUUCACAAACAACCAUGGGAGCAGAUAGCCAUCUUUGAUAAUGAAAAGCCUGCUCAAGUCCAAGUAAUGAUUGUGAAAACAAGUAGCUGAUCACUUGGGUCACUGUUUCCUGUUUGGUAACUUCCCGCGAGAAAAGAGGCAUGUGCCAAAAGUGCACAUACCCCCUCCAUCCACAUUUCACACACAAACGUGUAGAUAGAGAGUAGAAGGCUGUUACAAGCUCGAGGAUGGGUUGACCUAUCGAGCACAAUUCAUAUGUUGUAUUAUAUUUCUAUCUUUGCCACACGAAAUGCAUUAAGAUAUUUACCGAAAAAAACGAAAAGAAAUGCAUCAAGGAACUCUCUCUCUCACACAGAGUAGUCCUACCUUCUCUUGAGAUGGUAGCUGUAAAUAAUCUUACUACAGGAAUUGUUCAUCCUCU